CCGAAAAACAAAGUUAUAACAACAAAAAUGACAUGUGACAUAUCACAUGAAGGUCGUGCCAUUGUCUUGUGUUGUACAGGUGAUUUUUGUAAUGAACAUCUAUCACCAACGUUACCUCCUCCACCACCUGAACCAGAAGUUGAUGGACCAGCGGAUUAUACCUACACAUAUAAUGUUAGUUCUCUGCUUAUAUCAAUCAUCGUACCAAUUGCUGCUAUGAUAUUUUGUACUAUCAUAGCCGUCAUCAUAUUUAAAAAACUACAUAAGCAAAGAAUGAGAGAGCUUAAUGCACGAGAUCCAGAACGUCAUCAAAUCAACGGUCUAACAGCUGUGGCAGCCCAGGAUGAUACGUUACAGGAAAUGUUGGAUCACUCGUGUACAUCAGGAAGUGGAUCUGGUUUGCCUUUCUUAGUUCAGAGAACUGUUGCCAGACAAAUUACCCUAUUUGACAAAGUUGGGAAAGGACGAUAUGGCGAAGUAUGGCGUGGACUCUAUCACGGGGAAAAUAUCGCAGUGAAAAUAUUCAGCACAAGGGAUGAGAAAUCAUGGUUCCGUGAAACACAGAUUUACAACACAGUGUUGCUGCGCCAUGACAACAUCCUGGGAUUUAUAGCGUCUGAUAUGUGUUCACGGCAUUCAUGUACCCAGUUAUGGUUGAUUGCACAUUAUCACGAGCAUGGUUCACUCUAUGACUAUUUGAAUCGCAACACCAUUGAUGUGGAUGUGAUGCUGCAGUUCAUGCUCUCGGCUGUCAGUGGACUAGUGCACUUGCAUACGGAAAUUUUCGGAACGCAAGGAAAACCGGCAAUUGCCCACAGAGAUAUUAAGUCGAAAAACAUUCUAGUGAAGAAAAACCUGCAGUGCGCCAUUGCCGAUUUGGGUCUCUCAGUGAUGCACUCGCAGAAAAAUGACACAAUAGACAUGGGUUCAAAUACUAGGGUGGGGACAAAACGAUACAUGGCACCUGAGCUUUUAGAUGAGACCAUGAAUCCUGACUGUUUUGAUUCUUUUAAACGAGUUGAUGUUUACACGUUUGGACUUGUCCUCUGGGAGAUCGCCACGAGAUGUGUAGUUGGAGGAAUUGCCGAGGAUUACAAACCUCCAUAUCAUGAUUUGGUGCCUCACGAUCCAAGCUUUGAAGAUAUGAGAAAAGUUGUUUGUGAUGCACAACUCAGACCUUCAAUACCAAAUAGGUGGUCAACUGACCCAACUCUUAUGGCUGUGGCUAAGCUAAUGAGGGAAUGUUGGUUUCAAAACAGUUCAGCAAGACUAACAACACUACGUAUCAAGAAAACCCUCAUGAAGAUUGGAGAAAGCAGCAAGAAAAUCAAACCAGAUUACUGA